AUGAGCUAUGGGAGCUGGCCAGACUUCCUGGUAAUUACAACAAGGAUGAGGGACAUCGUCGAAACAACGAUGAUAGGAAUUGGGAAAGCGACAAGCAGCAUAUCUGUUGCGGCAUCGCAGGCACCCAUGGCCACCAGCCACAAGAAAAAGGCGGAUAAAAUUCAACAUCAACUGAAAGGAACGUCGCCAAGUCUGCGCGGUGAGUCGCGUAAGGAAUUCAGUAAUGUCUUCUGGGAAAAGGACCUGAGUUCGAAGAUACCGGCCGAUGACUCGGACAAAAAUAAUAGCGAGGGAACAUCCAGUACACCACCAGCUAACCAGGAGAGUGGGUAUCACAUCCCAUCUGGUCAGCUCGUCAGGCGCACUGCUCGAAUACAUUCGAGUAACGAUCCUCGGUAUAGCAUCCGUCAGCACCAGAUCUUGUCGACAGAAGAUCAGAGCGCCAAUGGUAUUUUAAGCCUCACCCUGAUCCGCUUCACGAAGCGGCACCAAGAUUAG